AUGGCUUCAACCAACCUAUUUCCCCGUUUCUCUGAAGUCGACUCCAAACCUGAGGCCCCAGCAGGAUUGACGCUUGAAUCAUGGUCGCAGGGCUUCAUGGUCGGCGCCUUACUUAUCAUGACCGCCAUCACGCUGGUGAACAUGCGCAGAGGUAUUCUCCUACACAAACUCAUUCUCCUUGAGCUUCUGCUGGCCGUACCCAAUGGCUUCUUUACCUUCUGGAAUCCGCCAGCGUGGGGCUGGUACCUUUCCUCGACCGCAGUUCCGUUGAUCUCAUCAUGGACUCUGCAUAAUGUCAUAGCCUGGAUGAAGAGCAGGGGCUUCCUGAACAAGAAGGCGAGACUAUUAUACAUUGGUUCCGUCAUCCUCGUGCAGCCUUAUUGGAUCCUUGAGAUCUACGCCAAUUUUGCCUUCUUCAACGGAAUCAACACCACUUUGUUUCCCUACACGAGGCCAUUUGAGGGCCCAUGCCGGUAUAUGCUUGUCCCCCCAAGACCACUGCUAGUGAGCGUUGUCAAUACUGAUCCUGGACACAGUGAUCCCUGGUGGAUUUUCACUACGGCCAACUUGUUUUGGAACAUCAGACGCCGCUACGAGUUUGGCUUCCUCGAGCUGAUCAAGGCAUCGCCUCGGUUUGGUAUUCUGCUCGGCAGCAUGUGCUUGAGCGUCGUCUUCAUUAUCCUUGAUCUCUUGGCUGUGACACCUGCAAUUGCCCUUGGCGUCAUCAAUCCGUACUGGAAGUUGGCCCUCGUGUUCAAGUGCCUGACCGACACCAUUAUUCUUGAUGACUUCAAGUCCUCGCUUGACAAGCUGAGCCGGCACCGGUUCGCGCAGGUUCUGCCGCAGGACAAUUGGAAGAAUGACAUGAUGUUGAUGGACAUGGUCCGAGGAAAAGCGGAUGCUACAGCUCACGUUGAAGAUAUUUUGGACCUGGAAAGCAUACAACCCGCCAAGCAGAUCAUCAGGGAGCCGCCACGGGUGUUUAGUAAAUAG